GACUCGGCCAGGCGCGCGCAAAGUUUUCUGGGCUCCGCAUCCCUAGGGCUUCCCCUUACCUGCGUGUUUUCCUGCGUCCCGGCCCGGGCUCAGGCUCUGCUCUAUUUGGAGUUGAGCGUCUUUUGGAUACGAGAAGCAAUCAGACAAAGCCCCACCCGGCCCUUCUGUUCUCCGCAGCCUAGAAGUGGAGGCCGACAAGAAAAUAACUCCAGUAGUGUGUGCUGAAUAGUAGGUCGGCACUACAUAGACGGCAGAGAGAGAGAGAGAGAUGACCUCGGGGAUCGGUUACCAGAUCCGGAAACCGAGAGUCCUCCCUGAGUCGUCUCUCUGCUUCACUCCCAGUUGAUCACUAAGUCGGGCGGAUUGUACCUCCUGUUUAAACUAGCAUGUGUUUCCGUCCAUCGGCAACUCUAGUGAAGGUCACUGUCAUGUCUUCCCAGGACUAUUCUGAGUCCUCUUUGCUGCUUCCAGUCUUGAUUCUGAAGACAGGAGGAGCUAAUGCCCAGAGCUUCUAACUGAUUUUUCAGUAUGGCUGCAGCCCCACAGGCACCAGGGAGGGGCUCUGUGCGGAAGACGAGACCUCUACCUGUGAAGACAUCACUGAACAACCCGUACAGCAUCUGCUGGGGCGUCCUGGAUAGGGAGGACGUGCACUUCAUACUGCAGACCCUGGAGGACAGAAUUCAGUCUCUAGGGCUUCAGAAGAUUGAGGAUAGGAAGAGAAAGAAAAAGCAGCCCCCUUUGAAAAAACAAAGUGGAGACACGAGCAGCAUAGACGUGGACACUGGUGAGGAUCUGAAGAAAGAAAAGCCCAAAGGUGAUGCCCAGGUGUCAGGGUGGACCCCGGCUGACGUCAGGAAGCAGCUUGCUAUCGGCAUCAACGAGGUCACCAGAGCACUAGAGAGGAAUGAGCUGCUCUUGGCCUUGGCGUGUAAGUCUGCCAAGCCAGCCAUCGUGACCUCACACCUGGUGCAGCUGAGUGUCAGCAGAGGUGUCCCCGCCUGCCAGGUUCCCCGGCUCAGCGAGAGGCUCGCACCUGCCCUGGGCUUAAAAUGCAUCCUGGCCUUGGGGUUCAAGAGGAACACUACUGCCUUUGGGGAGGAACUGAGGGCCAUCCUCCCCAGAGUCCCCCGUCUGAAUGUGGCAUGGCUCCAGGAUGCACUCGAAGACCCCGGGGAGAACCUGCAGACAGAAUCUUUGGAAAGCCAAGAUGAAGAGAUUCUGGACACUUCCUUUGAAGACCUCUCUAAACCCAAGAGAAAGCUUGCUGAGGGUCAGCAGCCUGUAGUGUUACAACCUCUGAAGAUAAAAAAACUGAUUCCAAACCCCAAUAAGAUAAGGAAACCACCCAAAAGUAAGAGAACAGCUUCAAAGUAAUCUUGCAUAAGCCUGUCACUUGAUACAGCUAUAAAAAACACCUCGUUAAGAAGCCUAGAAAUGAAUAAAAUGACUUUUACAUAUUUU